CAUCAUCACUCUUGCCACCUCUACUAGUGACACUCACAAAAAUCAAUCAAGAAAAUGGUGCUCUUGGAUCAUCUCUGGGAUGAUGUGGUGGCCGGGCCGCAGCCGGAGCGCGGCCUCAAACACCUCAAGAAGGUCUACACCAAGCCCUUGAACAUCAAAGAUAUUGGGGUGGAGGGAAGCAGCAAGUACCAGAGAUCUCUGUCUAUGCCGGCCAGCCCGGUGACGCCAGGGACGCCGUCGCCCACCGCUGUCAGGAAGGACAACGUGUGGCGGAGCGUCUUCCAUCCCGGCAGCAACAUCGCCACCAAGACUGUCGGAGCUAACUACUUCGACCGCCCCGAGCCCAACUCCCCCACCGUUUAUGACUGGCUUUAUAGUGGGGAGACGAGGAGCAAGCACCACGAGAAAGUGUGAACGCAUCUAAAUAGUUUACAUGUUUUGAGUUUUGCAUGUAUAUAAAAGUAUGUAUUAUGGGUAUGAGGGGUUUGGUUGCUUUUCUGGUUAUUAUGGUUUGAUUAAGCAAACUUAAUUAUGUUUUGAGUUUCUGAUCUGCUACUUAAUGCUAAUCAAGGUUUCCUCUGCGUCA